GGGGCAAAAAAACUCCGGGCCGUGUCUGAAAUAGGAGGGUCUUCUUCGAUGCCCUCCUAUACAGAGGCACCUUCUAAGUCUGAGGAGGAGGAGUAUGUUCCUGAUGGCGAGGAGGAGGAGGCCGAGGAGGAGGGUGAGGAGGAGGAGGCCGAGGAGGAGGGUGAGGAGGAGGGCGAGGAGGGUGGAGGGGAGGUUGAUCCCGCGUUGUGGGGUGACUUGCCACCGGGUUCUUCGCAGGGGUGGCUGCGUGGUAAUGCCGGACUACCUACACCACCUUCUAUCGAGGAGCACAAGUGGCUCAUUGAACCUGUGGGGACAGAAAACUGGAUCCUUCGCGGAAAGGACCGUAAACCGAACGGCCUUAUCACUGUCCUGUUGAAGGAGUUUUGGCCUGGCCUAUUCUGCCCGCGGCCAGACAGGGACCCGCAGCAGCGGGUUUUGGCCACGAGCUGGGCCCACUACGAGGCUUGCAGCAACGCGGAGUACGGGACGACCGCUAAGGCCGUGAUCACCAAAUUUUGGCAACUCUAUAGAGUUCUUGACGAGCACAAGGCCAGAGCCGACGUGGUCUUGCUUGCGGCUGCGAAGAAGAAAGCUCGUCAGUUGCAGUACGAGGUGCGCUGGGUUGCCGUCUCGCAGUACUACCACUACUACCUGCACCAAAAGAUGACCAAAACUCAAGCGCAGAAGCUACGACUUACCUUGAGCAAGGAGCAAUUCAUGAUGGUUGUUCCUCGUUGGUGCUAUGGAAGGCAUGACGGAUGGGCGAGUUUGGUGGAUAGGUGGCUCGGCGCCGAUGUAGAGUUUGCUGCCAAGAGCAUCAAGGCCCGGGCUAACCGUGGAGACGACGGGACACACGGCCAAGGAAACAGGAACCACUGGGGCUUCAAGGCCAUGAAGGAGGACAAGUUGAAGAGGCCGCUCUCAGACAUGGAGUCGUGGAAGCUGGCCCGCGAGCGGAGUCAUCGCAAGGAGGGCGAGAGCCAGUACUACGGCAAGACCGAGGAGCACCUGGGGUCUUACAUUCAUCACUAUCAGGAGUUGCAUCCGGAUGUUCCUGUUGCUGAGGUCGCCCAGUCUCAGAUCGACGACACGGCGGUGGUGGCCAUCCAGGGGAAGAAGAAUGGCCGGUAUCCGUGUUUCGAUGGCUUGAUCACUCCUUCGAUCUCGUACACACAGCUUCGGGCUACCAACCAGAGCCAGUUAGAGAGUACGGGGCGUUCACAGACUCCCUUAGCCCGCCAGCAUGCUGCAUAUAAGGAGUUUGUCGAGCAUAGGAAUCUCGAGGUGCGGGAGUACUUGAAACGAGUGAAGGCAAACGAUGAUUACAACCGUCAGAUGAUGACAGCUAUGUUGGCGUCUUGGACUAACCGCACGGAUCCACCACAAAUGGGACCCCCACCACCACCUGCGGGAGAACCCCCACACGUGCCCACGUUCGAUGAAUGGGUGGCACUAGGCAGUGAUGGUCCAGCAAUCGUUGGUACCAGACCGAACAACACCAAAAUAACCAACCCUAGAAAAUCAAGAAACCAGGUACCGAAGCUUAGGGCGAGCAGGAGCAACUGGUGGCGAGCAGGAGCAACUGGUGGCGACGGCGAGCAGGAGCAACUGGUGGCGACGGCGAAGGCGGAGCCCCGGAAGUGUAGCAGGUGGGCGAUGAUCUGCCUCCUGGGAUGCGGGGGCGUCACGCUUGUCGGCUUAACCAUCUACCUGAUGAAUGACUUCGAGAGCGGCCCUGCGCCUUUUGCUGUGCUCCUCCUCUCGCUUCUGUUCUGCACCGUGGGAUUCUUACUUUGCGCUCUUUGCAUUGUUCUUGUGGGUGAACAGUUCACCGGCGGUAAUCCAGAUGGAGACAUGGGGGUUGGCGCAAAACAGUUUACAGCUCAGGAUUAA